GAUCGAGAAGAGAGAAUUCGCAAUGGAGGCGAGCAAGGAGAGGCGGCAGCAGCAGCAGGAGGAGCGGAAGCUCGCCGGCGACACGGUGCAGCUGCCGCUGGAGACCAGCCCGUACGUGCAGUACAAGAAGGACGACGGCCUGGAGGACUACAAGCUGCGCGCCUACGGCGCCCGCGGCCACCUCCCCGUCUCCGACGUCCCCCACGGCGGCACCGGCACCGACGCCCCCACCGUCCCCGGCACCGCCGUCCCCACCGGCAAGCGCCAGCCACAGCGUGACCAAGGGGGCGCCGUCGCCGGCGGUGAUGUCGGCACCGCCACCGACGCCAUCAAUCGCCAUGGUGUGCCAUAAACCCGUAGCAAGGCUUUCACUACGUAAGCUGUAUGCCUCUCUUGUGUAGUGUUCGCUUUUCAGACUUUCAGAGUGAUGAAAAAUAAAGCAUGAAAUAAUGUGUAAAUCACUGUCAA